AUGAUUCAUCUUAUGCAUCCAUUAAAAUGUGAAUGGUUGCCUUAUGAUGAUAAUUAUCCAUAUCUUCUUUUAGAAGAAUAUCCAGAAUGUGAACCUGAAUUAUUAUUAACAUUUUAUACUAGACCUCCUAAACAUAUUGCUGUAUAUAAAUCCUGUAAAAAUUUUAACAAUAGAUAUAGAUUUCCAUUUCUUUAUCCUAUUCCAAAUGUAAUUAAUUUUCCAAGUUCACAAACAGCUAAUCCAUUCCAUAGUGCUUACCAUUUACCUGAUGAUGAUUCUGCACCACCAUAUUUACCUAAUAAUAUUGUAGUGCCUAAUGUUAAUUUUAAUGUUAAAAUUCAUAAUGAAGAUUAUCAUUAUACUCAUUUAAUGGCAGAAGCUUUAUUAUUUCCUAAUUUAUUUCCUAAUGGAAAAAAACAUUAUCAUGAUAAUAAUUCUAAUUCAAAAUCAACAUGUGAUGAAACUUGUUCCAAAUAUAUUAAACAACAAGUACUUAACAUUGAUUCACAUUUUAGACUUCAUUCCAAAUGGUUAGCAUUACAAUUAGAAAAAAUUUGA